GGAUUCAAUCGAAUCGGAGAGAUAAAACUUCGAAUGAACAGUACCCUCCAUGGCAUGGGACUGACAGCGAAGGCUAUGAAUUGGCGACUGGGCAGUCGGCGCUGGGUAGUGGGACUGACGGAGAAGGCUCUCGGCGAAUUGGCGAUGGCUGGGACUGACGGUGAAGGCUCUCGGCGAAUGCUUCGCUCUCGAACAGCACAGGCGCAAUGGCGAUUAAG